UUGGAGCUACUGAACGCAAACAUCUUAUCAAACAUCCUGUGACACUUGUUUUUUUUACAAGCUGCAUGGUAACACUUCAAUAUGGCUUCAUCAAUUAUGCCUUUCACAGUAUUACGAACAUUGAUAGCAUCACCAGCUCCUUGUCCAUGUUUAAUCAGGGUGUUCUGCUUUUGUUCAAGGGAGCAAUGCUUAUUGGUAAGGGGAGUAGUAUGUUGAAACUCAUAUGGAACUUAAACUCCCUAGCCACAGCUGCAAAUUCUGAUGAAAAUGAAAAAUGGGUAUCAGAAAAUCGUCGUGGAGAAUUGAUAGCCAAGGCCUAUUUAUAUGCCUGUUGGAUUUCAGUGGCCUGUGUAGCCCUUGUGCCAUGGCUUUUUGUGGUCUAUGAAUACGUGAGGGGCUUGGAAACACAUUUGGAGUUGCCUUUUGCACUAAAAUUUCCCUUUGAUGAUGGAAGUUGGCCUUCUUCUCUUACUGUUUAUAUACUUACCAUGCUCCAUUUGAGAGGUCUCUCCAAUACCUCCAUAGGCAUUGAUACCCUUUUUGGAUGGUAUAUUUUUGCCAUAUCUGGUCACUUUCGUAUUUUACGUGAUAAAAUCGCCAAAACAGCCGUGAAGAUUGAUGUAUAUGGGGAUCAUACGCAUUUUCAAAGUGAUAUCAAAAUAUUUGUUAGAUAUCACGAUAAAGUUGCUAAAUAUGUUGAUGAUCUUAAUGAUUUAUAUGGGGCAAUGUCAUGGGCUGAAAUUGCUAUGAGCACUUUGCAAAUGUGUUUUUUGUUAUACUCCCUGGGAAAUGAUCCAAAUCCUGCAAGUAUUCCUUUUCAUUUUGUUGCCUCUGCUUCCAUUGUUUUACAAUUGAUGAUCUACUGCUUUGGAGGAGAGAAACUAACAAGUGAGAACGAUAUGCUUUGCAAUGAUAUCUAUAUGGCUAUGCCUUGGGACAAAAUGUAUCCAUCAGAGAUAAAAGCGAUGUUAAUUCUUUUAGUUCGUGCUCAAAGGGAAACUAUUUUGAAGGGUUUAUUUUUUAACCUUAAUCAGAGCCUGCUGGUGUUUAUUUUCAAAACGGCAUUCUCGUUGAUUACAUUACUUGGCGCCAUAAAGGAAUAGACCGAAGUCAACGCUUCAAACCUUGCCAUAAGCAAUAUGGUUCAUCGCUUUAU